UCUAUAGAAGGUCAGGUGGUGGAAAUGGGACUUAGAAAAACAACAUUACUCAACUCUGAGAAAUUUCCAGUUCUGGUUCCGAACUCACUCUUUUCUAGUCAUGUUAUUGUGAGCAAAUCACGUGCCCAAUGGCGUGCAGUGGUGACCAAAAUUACCUUGCAAAUUGAAAGUCUGGACAAGGUUCCCCAUAUAUCAGAUGACAUUAAGAGCAUGCUGCGAUCAAACUCGAAAGUUUUCUUAGGAAAGGACGCCCCUUACUGUUUCCUGUCAAAUGUAGAUAGUUAUUAUGCAGAACUGACUGUUGGAUGCAAUCUCAGGCACAUGAGCAAAGAUGAAUUGUACUCUGCACAACAAGAUAUUCUUCUGCAAUCGAUCCAGAUUAUUCGGAAGCAUGGUGCUUAAUUGGGGAGUGCCUCAUUCCAAGGUACACCCACUCAGUGAUAAGAGUCCGAGCCGUAGGAACUACGAGAUCACCCGACCGACGCCUGAGGUAUCAGAGGUUUGUGGGAUGUCCAUUU